AUGGAGGAAUCAUCUUUACCCUGGUUGCUAGCAUCUGAAUCAAACAGAGAUCAGUUCAGCAGUGAAGAAGUGACUGUGAGAAAGAGUCCCAGCAGCUCUCAGCUGUUUGAGGGAGAGUUUGUCUCUCUGAGCUGUGAGGAGGACGACAGCUCUGCUGGAUGGACGCUGAGGAGGAACACAACCAGAGGAACCAGGACUCAGUGUGGAGCUGACUGCGGAAGAUCAGCUGGUCCUUCCUGUAACAUCACCUACAUCCUCCCGGGGCACAGUGGAGUUUACUGGUGUGAGUCCAGAGAGGGAGCAACCAGUAACACCAUCAGCAUCACUGUCACUGGUGGACCAGUGAUCCUGCAGAGUCCUGUCCUCCCUGUGAUGGAGGGACAUGAUGUCACUCUGCACUGUAAAACAGAGACCCCUCCCUCCAACCUCCCAGCUGGUUUCUAUAAAGAUGGCUCCCUCAUCAGGACUGAGCCUACAGGUCACAUGACCAUCCACCAUGUUAACAAGUCUGAUGAAGGCCUCUACAAGUGUAACAUCAGCGGUCGUGGAGAGUCUCCAUCCAGCUGGAUCUCUGUCACAGGUGAGGAGGUUACCUUUGAUUUCAGGACUUAUUUCAUCCAGAGAUUCACCUGACCAGGUGGAUUCUCUCUACAGGUAAACCUACAACCUCAGCUCUGCCCACCCCGACAACCCCGCCUCCUCCAACACCCCCUGCCUCAGCCCCCUUCCAGCUUGUGUUCAGAUUGGUACACCACCUGGUGGUGUUCUGUCCGUACUGCAUCUCCACUGUCCUCAUGGUGUCUUUAUAUCGCCACAGGGCCGCAGAGUGCAGUGCAGACCUGCCAGUCUCCAUUUUGAUAACCCCAUCUACCCAGGCUGAGGAGGGAUUGGAUGAGGACUAUGAUGAUGUCAUCACUGCUGUCACCACAGAGCAUCACUUCUGAGCUGAUCCAGUGUAUUCAGUGUGUUCUGGUUCUUAAUGAAGCUAAAAUGUUUGAGUCAUCAGCAAACAGCAAAGGACCCAGAACACUUCCCUGCGGAACUCCUCAUGUUCUAGUUUGACUUGUAGAUGACGUUGAACUCAGGAUCUCAGACUUAAGCAGCAGCGACAGUCUCACUUUAAACUCUUCUAAUCUUAGACUGUAAGCAGCUGUGUGAGAGCAAUUAUCAGGAUUAACUCUGCCACGUUUAGUGAAGCCUGAUCACUCAGAGAAAGACAAGGUGAACUAGAUUCAUGAUACAGACCCCUGGACAAAUGGACAAAGCUGUUGCCAUGUUUUUGGUCCAAAUGAAAGCUGAAGGUUCUGGUUUGAGUUUUGUUUAGUUCAAAUGUUUUUUAACCGGGCAACAUCUUUAAUUUUUUAUUUACUACUUUUAAAAUUUUUA